UGGGAUGGCGGCAAAUAUUUGUUUGGCAAGAGCGCAAAGCGGUGGGACAAGCCACGUAUCACAUCGGACAGCCUCUAUUCAACGGCGUAAAAGGAAACUUCAACAGCUCGUCAGAUCAAACCCAACCAACUCAAUUCCCAUAAUUUUUGUGAAUUUGUUCUUAUCAACUUUGAUCCAUUGCAUUGCCUCAAAUUAUCCGAUUUCUUCGCUCAAACUUUUCUAUUUAUCUUUUCAAAAAUACAAGUGAAAUCGAGGUCCCUUCCCAUUUCCUCCACCCAGUGCUGCAAUCCAUCGCAGAUGCAUGUGCCGAACAUCAUUUGGCAUGCAUUUUAAGAUGGAAGCUGUCAGCUUUAGAUACUGGAAUGACUGUGUGGAUCCUGAGGACUUGGAGGCAAUGUGGGCAGAGCCUGAUGUAAGAUCAGAGUGGAUUAACGCUGGAGAGACUAAGGGAUCCAAGGUCCACCUCUCACGUGAUCCUGACGGUCAGCCUUUUUUAACACAGACUGAAAUGAGGGCUGUAGCAGGAAUUAUUGUCCAAAGGCAUUUUGUCUCUCAAAUAGAUUUGGACAUGCUUUGUGCCAUUGCUGAGAUUGAAAGUGAUAGACUGCCACUGGCCAAAAGCUACAACAAGAAAUCUGACGAGGUCAAGAUGGGGAUCAUGCAAAUCUCGCCAAAAAUAGCUGAGUGGUUCAUCAGGGAGUUGGGUUACAGAACCUAUAAUAUGGCUGAGGAUUCCACACCCAUGUAUAAACCUUUUCUCAAUGUUUACAUUGCAGCUGCCUAUCUGAAAUGGCUGUCAAAGUUUGACAACAAAGAAAGGAGUGAAGAAUUCAUGAUUAGGGCUUAUAAAGGUGGCACGAAAAAAGCAACUCACAAGUCAACUUUGCCAUACUGGAAAAAGUACCUUUCUGUUAAGGAAAGUCUUCCAUCCAGAAAAGUCUUUGGAGUUGGUUUUGCACUUGAUGUUCCUUCACACUCUGCUGCUGGAGUUUCACAAAGCAAAGGUCCAAUCCAUGCAACUUGGGAUUCAAAGACUUCACCUGAAGACAUGGAAUUGAUGUGGAAAAACCGUGAUGUAAACAAAGAAUGGACCAAAUCCGGUGAGAAAAGGGGGAAAGUGCGAUUCUCUCAUGAUGUAGAAAAGCAUCCUUAUCUUUCUCGGGUAGAACUAAGGGCAGUUGCAGAGAUCAUUUGGUCUAAACACUUCAGCAAGAAAGGGGGAGAUAAAUCUACUGUUUUAUGUGCUCUCUGUGAGAUGGUUAGCAUGCGGUUCAUAAAUGGAGUCGGCCAACACACAGGGCUAAUGGGAGUCGACUAUCCCACAGCAUGUUGGCUAUACAACGGCUUGGGCUACAAGGCUUACUCCGUGGAGGCUGUCGAAGAUCUUACCAAGCCUUUCGUAUCCAUGUACUUUGGUGCAGCCUACAUGACUUGGUUAUCAGAAUAUGAGGGAAGGGAAAGAAGUCUCGCAUUUGUAGCUCAGGCCUAUAUGUGUGGACCUCAUAAUGUGAACUUGCAAGAGACUGGUCCUCUACGUGAUAAGUUUGAAGAAAUACUUAGCCGCUACCAAAAACCUAGAAGAGAUUCUAGCAGCUGCACUAUCAUGUGAGCUUCCGACCUCAUAUUUGAUGCACCUAUUUUUGUAAUUCUUCCCUCCUGUAAAAAGGCAAUUAUAUGUAUUUUGUAUAUGGGUCCAGAAUUCCAUGCUGAGAAUAUAUGUAACCGUUUUUGUGCAAA